AUGCCUGACGUACAGGUUAAAACAAACGAACCACAAUAUGAAAACUGGCUUGGUGCUCACUCCAAAAAAGACAAAUAUCUCACUGAGUCACCAUUACUGGACGUUGAACUUCCGCAUGGUUUGCAACUUUCUGCUCGACGUGGGCCUGAAGUUGAGCUCUAUGAUGUAGCCGGUGUUCACUUACUUUGUCCAACAGACACAAGAUCGAAUAAUCAAAACAGUAAACAUGUAUGGUCUGGACUUCAUUGGUUUAAAUCAUUUUUCAACUCCAAACAUAAGAAAAUUUCAAGUGAUUCCCCAGUAGUUCUCUCAAAUAAGAGUGCGGAUAUCAAGUCCAGUUUAUAUAAUCUCAGUUCUAGUCAUUUGCCCACUAAUGCAUCGCAGUGUAUUUCAUCAAAUUACAACCAAAAAACACAAACUCGUAAUGAUUUAUCAUUGUCUACUCAACAUGCUAUCUGCCAAAAACAAUCAUACUUUUCCACUAUAAAGGAUAAGCUAUCAAAUGAUUGGCUCUGUCUAAAUACAACUAAUAAUUACUGUUCAUCACCAAACGUUUAUAAAUACUAUGAAAAUUACUUCAUUUUAAAAUAUCGUCAGGCGGAAAUUAAUCUAUUUAUUUCUUUAAAUCUGAUUGUUUGCAUUUUCUUAGUCGUAUCUAUGAUGAUUUACUCAAACUAUAAUGCACUACCACCAACAGUUGACUCUUCAUUUAUUCAACAUUCAUAUGCUGUUUCUAGUUUACAUUUAACUCACAUAAAUUUAAUACGUUUAGCUUUACUGAUCAGUUCAACUGUCUUGCUUUUAAUUAGUGUUCUUUUUGCUAACAUGCCAUGCAUUUCAAAAUCAUCUCAUUCAAUUCAACAUAUUAUGUCCAAUAAAUCUUCAGGUAAAGCCAUUAAACCUCUGUAUACUAAAAAUAACAGUACUGAUACUGAUAAUCGGACCUAUUCAUAUAAUAGUGACACCCAAGAAUCAGUAAAUUUAAUUAUGGCCCGGAAACUUCGUAGGAAUCUUCAUUGGUCUCAUGGACUAAGCUACAUAGCUUGUAUACUUUUCAUCUUAGCUAAUUUGCCAUGGUCUAAACUUUAUCACACCUUAUCAAAGGUACAUACAACUCCUUCAGUAGUUCAACAGUUCAAUUGCAGCUCUUCUCAUUUAGCCUACUCAAAUGAUACUUCCAUUUCAUUCAUCAUGAAUCAAAUUACUAUUGUUCAUCAAAAUAAUCUGUUUGAUUUUGAAAAUACCAACCAUUUAAUUGAUAACCUCUGGUUACUUAUUUUCAGUAUCAUUCUUAUUCUUGGAUUUUUCGAUGUAGAUAGUAUAUGGUCAAAGUAUUGGAGAUAUGGUCUUACUAUUAUAAUGUCAAUUCUAUAUUUUGUAUUGGUCAAUCUUAAUUAUGGGUUAACACAUUCUGAAACAUUGAUAAAAAGGUCGAAUUUAAUUAAUAAUACUGAUACUGGGAAUAAUUAUAUAAUCUUUGUAAAUUCUUCAUUAUGCCCCCAAUGGAUUCAAAAAGCAACUUUAAUACAACCUGUUUUAUGGUGGACUGAUCAUCGGGGAAUAUUAUGGCGCAGUAAUUUAGCAACAUUGUGUGCAAUAUUAUGUGCACAUUUAAUUGGUCAAUUAAUUGCAGUAUGGACUAGUCGACAUCGGUAUCGUUUAUUUCUUACAGCCAGUUAUACUCAAGCUAUAAUUUUUCGAUUACAUAUGACACAAUCAAAAUUGCAUCGACUGAGUGAAUGUUUGGUUCCAGCUCCGUUAGCUGAUGACUUAGUAAAUGAUUUUAUCAAUGGACAUUUAAGUUGGAGUUCACCACUUGUAAUCUAUUUGCGUAAUGUGACUUUUCUCAGUGCUGAAUUAGUUGGUCUAUCCAAUUUAAGUUCCAAUUUAGCAUCGACAUUGAAAUCGAACACAAAUAUCAAUCAUGAAUUAAUCUGUCAACAAUUCAUUUCAUUUAUCAAUGAUAUCUACACAUGUUUUGAUUAUCUAGCUCAAAAUGAAUCAUGUUAUCGUGUACGUUUAAAUGCUAAUGAAUAUCUAUGCAUUGCUGGUUAUCCAGAAACUCGUGUGGAUCAUGCUAGAUCAUGUAUUGAUUUAGGAUUGAAUAUGUUGAAAAUUAUUGGAGAGAUUAGUGAACGUUCUCAUGUUCAAUUGGAAUUACGUGUUAGUGUACAUACUGGUACAGCUUAUGCCAUUGUACUUGGUCGUAGUCGAUUAGGCUUUGAUUUAAUCGGUGAUGAUGUCACAUAUGUGAGUCGGUUGAAAUAUGCUGCUUAUCGUCCAUGUCGAGUGCUUACAUCACGAUCGACUUUCAAUCAAUUACCGGAAGGCUUUCGUGGUGAAGCAGGUCCAAUUUUCGGUUACCCAAACCCAGUAAUUAUACCAACAAAUGAAUCUAUCAAGUCCAACCAUCAUAAUCAAACAACUAUGGAGACGUAUUUUGUCCAACCUCGGACUGAAUCUACCACUAUUGUUGAUACCUUGAAUCCAAUUGAUUUAAAUGGUUUACAGUCGUCAUUGUCGUCAUCAACUGCUGAUUGGUCUGCAUUGACAAAUCUUGACUUGAAUUCAGCAAGUGCGGUAAUCACUCGAUUGGCAUCAGUAGCUUCUAUUCUAUGCCGACAUAUAAUGAAUAAGAAUAAUUCAUUAUUAGACGGUAAUGAUAAUAGCAAUAGUAACACUAGAAUUCAUGAUAGUCGAAAUAAUACAUUACCUGAAUUGCCGUUGGGUUUUUUAUUCCAUUCUACACUUGAUCAUCAUCAUCACCGGUACCAACAAGAACGACAGAGCUUACAUCAUAAACAUCAUCACGAUGAAGAUGAAGAAUCGAAAGCGAUCAAAGUGAAUUUAUUACGUAUAUUGUCUAAUAAAGAAUUUGAUUUAUUGGAUUAUUCUGAUUAUAAGCAUUAUGAACCGAUUGUUACCGCUACUACAACAACUAACAUGACCACGACCAAUGAUCGAUAUAAUUCUCAUCCAUUAGAAUUCAGUUCCUAUCACCGUCAUCAUCAUCACCAUCAACAUCAUGGCGAUGGUCAUCCACCGUUAAACGGUGAACCGUCUUCAACUUCAGAAUUACUUGCAAUGAUUGCUGUUAAUUUAGCUGAAUCACUUGAUCGUGAUCAUUCUAAUUAUGGUGUUGAAGAUGAUAAUGACAUUGCAGAUUGUUCGAAUAAAUUUUUACCAUGUCAAAAAAGAGCUGGGAAAUUGAGAAAGAACUGUCCUUCCAUAGUCAUGGACCCACCAACAAAUACAGAUGUGAAUGGUGGUGAUUUAAAUUUAGCCGUCGGUAUAACCAAUUCAAUGGGUACUAGUUUUGCAACGACUACAGCAACAACAGCACCAUUACACCCAUAUUCCUCUGUUGAAGCAAAUGAUCCAGUUGUCGGUGAUACAUAUAAUAAGAAUUCGGAUUAUCAUGAGUUGAGUUUAUUGCAUAAUUUAAAACCGAUGAUCAAUAAAUCGUCUUUAUUAAACACUACACCAUUAAAUGAAAAUCAACCAUGUUGGUUAACGUUGAAACAAUCAAAGCAUCAUCAGUCAUCGUUGUCAUCUAGUAACAGUAAUCAUAGCUUUUGUAGUACGCCACUAACCACUGUUAAAAAAUAUAAUCUUAUUAUGGAUUGCUUCAAGCGUAAUCUUCAUAAAGUAUCAUAUACAAGUUUAUUUUUACACAAUACCAAUAUUAAUACUACUAUAUCAAAUCAUGUAACAAAUUCAAUGAUGAAUGAUACUAACAACAUAGAAGAUAAUAAACUGUACGACCCUAAUAAUAUGGAUAAUAAUGAAGAACGCAGAUUUUGUCGGGGCAAUAAUAAUGAUAGUAAUUUGACUGGUUUAUUGAAUUUAUUCUGUUUCAAUUGUACAAAACAACGUUAUCAACUAGAAAAUGGAAAAUCUGUAAAUGAUAAAUUCAAUGUGAAUGAUUUAAUGAAGAAUCAAUCAUCAUUUGUUGAUAUAUUAUACUUUUCUACUAUCAUAUAUAUCCCGUUUUUAAUUUUGUUUGGCUUUAUACAUUUAUUGGUUAUGCCGAGGUCCCUUCUACUAUUUGUUGCUUCUUCGAUUGCUACAGCUUAUAUAACCUUACAGUUAGCGAUACUAGGAGCUUGUAAACGGUUUCCGAAACUUAAUUUACUGUGUUGUACUUCGCCAACUAUAUGGGCUCUAUUACUAUGGUUAACGGUGAUCGUAGUAACUGUUACCACAUCAUUGAACAUGUUUUUGUGCAGUUCAGUUAAUGAAGUGAAUUAUAUCAAUGAACCUUACAGUUAUAGAGAUUUUGUUAAUAUACCAUAUGAACAGUAUCAAUUUCAUUCAUUCAAUAAUAAUCUUUCCAUUACGUCUCUAUUAAUAAAUUAUAAUUUUAAAGGAAAUAUCUUUUCACAAUCACCGUCAUCAUCGUCUUCGUCAUCGUCAUCAUCAUCAUCAUCAUCAUUGUUAUACAACAUGUUUACUAAUUCACCAGUGAAUACUAUAACUAACACUUCUUCGAUUUCUUCUCGUAGUAAUAGUAAUAAUUUUAAUAGAGGUUAUGGAUAUCACAGUUUCUUUGAUGAUCAUUUCAUUAUAAUUGGUUGUUUAUCAAUCCUUAUCUCAACUAUAUUCACAUCUGCUGCUUUGUAUAGAGUAAAUACAAAAAAAGUAAUACUAACUAAUCUACAUCAUAGUGAACAUAUGAUAAUGAAUGAAAUGAAUAUGAAAUACAUGAUUAUUACACCACAAUUAACACGUUUCUUAAUUGGUUUAAUGAUAUUCAUUUUACAUAUUAUCAUCAUUUUAUGGACUGUUAAUUAUAAUGGAUUAUUUUAUAUAUUACAAUGGAAUUAUGAAAAACAUGCUAGCAACCAUCUAUUUCAAGGAACAUCCAUUCAACAGAACUUGUUUAUUCCGAAUUUUGUACAAAGUUUAUUUGCUCAAUUCAGCUUCUUAUUAUUGGCUAUUCUAUUACCGCGAAGUUUAGAAUAUCAAUGUAGAUUAAUGCAUCAAUGGAAAAUGAAAAGUCAAUCUACUUUAGAGAAGUUAUCAUUGACAAGCUCAGCAUUGGCACGUCUACUAGUUUCUAUUGUACCACGCUUUGUGAUAGCUAAAAUAUCAAGUCCAGAGAGGGCAAUAGAAAUCUACAGUAAAUCUCAUCAGAAUAUCGGUUUAGUUUUAAUUAAUUUUAUUGUAAUUCCAUCAAAACCAUUAGUAACACAACAACAAAAACAAUCAGCUGAUUCAUCUCAUAACAGUACUGCAUCGACAACAAUGAAUAAUUCAGAAUCCAAGUCAAAAACACAAAUAAACAAUGAAGAGCCAACAGAAAUCGCUGAUCGAGUACGUUUAUUAAAUCGUGUUAUUCAUUUGGUUGAUUCACUUGCUCUUGGACAACAGCAGCAAACCACGGCAGGAGAAAAUACCAUGAAUGAACGAGAAAGUAACAAUAGUAAUACUUUAAAUAAAAAUGCAAAGGAUGAUGAAAAAUUAUUUUCGUCAUUAUUAUCGUCGUCAUCAUCAUCAUCAUCAUCAACACCUUCACAGGCUGUAUCAUCGAAAUUAAAUCUAGUUAAAGUUUAUACAGGAGGAACAAUGGUUGGAUAUGCAGCUGGACUUGGAACACUUGAAGAUUCUGAUUGUCAGAAUCAUCAUUCUUUGAAAGCAUCACAGACAACAACUGUAAAUCAAUGGAGCUGUUUAAUCAAAUUUAUUGAACGUGUUAUUGUUAUUUGUGAUCAAAUUAAUCAAAAGACAAAAUCCUCCUCAUCGUCAUCAUCUUCUGGUAGACAAAUUUAUGUUCAAGCUGCUCUUCAUUCUGGAUCAUGUAUAUUCGGCUUUGUAUCCAGUCAACAUCCAGUUUUCACGUUAUGGGGUGAACCAUUAGAAACGUGUCGCCAGUUAUUAUCGAAACAUCAGUUGAAUCACUUAGGCUCCCAACAUUUUAUAUUGGCUACGGAUAAAUUGAUUAGUUUAAUUCCCUCAAAUUUAUUGGAUCCCUCAUCGAUUGCUAAUUUACAUCUCAAUACUAAUCAGAAAACAACUAUUGAAAAUAGUAAUUUAUUGAACCAAUACUUAUUCACUUGGUGUACUAUUGAUCCUUCCAAUGGAAAGAUUAUAUCAUCGGCGCAACUUCAACGUUCAGCACCACUAGUGAAAAUGUUGGAUGGACGACCACCAUUUAUUGAUCGUUUACUUCAUUUUUGUACUGUUCGUUCAAAUGCUACCAUUAAUACAACUACUGCACCUGCCAAUGAAACAACUACUAAUACGAGUAUAAGUAGUAAUUUGCCUUAUAUAGAAUCGACUUCGGAAUCAAAUAAACAAGUUUGUUCUUUAUUCAAUACAUAUGAUCAGCCUGCGUCUGUGUUAUCUAAUAAUCCAGUUACAAACGGUUUGAUAUUAUCACAGACUAUCAGUGGUGAUGUCAGCAGCCAAAAGCAAAAUCAUGCAUGUGAUCCAAUAAAAUCCAAUCAACUUUCAAUCGAUCAUCAUUCUCGACAUAACACUUCACACUUACCAUCUACUAAUGACAGUAAUGAUAGAAAUGCCAUAAGAACAACAACAUCUAUUUUACCCAAUCAGAUAGCAUUGAAUUCAGUAAAUCCUGUUCCAUUUAACUCUAUCCAUGAAACCAUACCCAAAGUUUUGAUUCCAACGACAACAACAAUAGGAGUUCAACAACGUUUGGCAAAUGUUGUCGAACAUACUAACCAUCGACGUAAAAGUCAGCUGAGUGCUGGUGCAAAUGUACUGGUCAAUACACCGACUAGUCAGUUUUGCAAUUCAAUUUCUUCACCACCGCCACCACCACCCCAUCAACGAAGUUAUCCUUCUAAUAUUACUAAUAAUAAUAUGAGUGCAGAGUUGUCUACUCAUUUAAAUACUCCAAUCAGUUGUACCAUUACUCAGUCACCAGUUCUACAGUCGACUACCGUGACAGGAACUGCUAACAUGCAACAUGUCAACAAUAAUGACAGAAAACAUAAUCCCGCACCUCAUAUCUUGAAGAAUUCUCAACAGAAAUGUGAAUUUCCAUCAUCGAAUAUUACUCACAAACCAUGUGAAAUAAAUCAAGGAAAUCAUAAACUUCAACCUUUUUCGCCUCAAUUAGAACAUCUUACUAAAAAGAAUCAAAUACAUAGUACUACUAUUACUACGACUAAUAAUAGUAAUAAUAAUAAUCUAAAUGCACCGAAUCCUUUAUUGAAACCUGUUCGACCUAGUAGUUAUUGGCCAGUACCUGAUGAAUCGUUACUAUCAUCGGAUCAAAUACAAACUAAUCACCAAAAUAAUAAUUCAUGUAAUAAUAAAGAAAAAUCAACUAGACCUAUAUCAGCCGGUAUAACAAAAAAUUUUGAUGGAAUAAUAUUGAAUAUUUUAAAUAAACCACUUCCUGAACAUUCAUUACUGUCAUCGUCAAAAAAUAUCGGAGAUGGUGGUCAACAUCAACAUCAUCGACCGAUAUCAUUGUCGUCAACUGAUUCAUUUCUAGCUGCUGAGCGUGCAUGUGCUUAUGCCACAGAUGGUGAUGAAGAUGCUACCACUAACACUACUUAUAAUAAUAAUAAUAAUAAUAAUAAUAAUAAUAAUAAGUACAAUACUACCAUGAGUAAUAAUGAUAAAAAUAAUCAAAAUAUAACUUGUCCCAUGUCAAAUAUUUGUAAUUCACAAUCUAUUUAUGAUUGGGAUCAUGUACAAAAUGCUAUUAAUCAACUUUCAUCUAUUCAGAAUAAUGAUCAUAAUAAUCAUGAUAAAAAUAUUAACCCUAAUAAGAAUUUCUAUACUUUCAACGGAAUCGAUGAUUAUGAUGAUGACGAUGAAGAUGAUGUCCGUAGACAUUCUAAAAGAAAUGAAAAUUCUACAAGUCAUCAUAAUCCUUUGUAUACUGAUAAUGAAUACGAAUCAAUGGCAGAGAGUCAAAGUAAUUUAUCAGAUGUGGUUAACAACUCAGCCGUCAUUAAAAAAGCUAAUAGGAAUUCUCGUCUAGGAUUAUUUGCUACAUCAUCACAAGUAGAUCCUCGAGAUAGAUUUGUACAUCAAACACCAAUCACACAACAACAGUCAUUAGGUACUAAUCAAACAAUGGGGAAUCUUAAUGGCGAUAUGGAUAUUUCGAAGAAAUUAAUCAAAGAUUCAAGACUGUCCUCAGUAAUCGAUCCUUCAUCAACUAAUAUUAUACAUAAUUUCGUGGAAACUAAUGGUCAACCAAUAAAUACUAAUGGUAUACACUUUCAUAGUGCUAGUCACCCAAUGCAAAAAAACGUAUUAGAUUUUCCCGAUUAUCAACGUCCCACAAGUCCAGGUGGAGGAUAUUCACAUGAAAAACAACAAUCAAUGUAUCCAACUGAAAUUGAAAAAUCUGAUCAUUCAGUAAAACAACAACAAUUAAUAUCAAUAAGAAAUGUCAGUCAUCAUCAUUCAUCAUCACCUGUAUCAGGAUCUUCAUCAACUGGUCAUAGUUUAGCCAGUGGUAGUCGUAAAAGCGAUCAACAUCAUCAUUCAUAUUGUAACAAUGGAAUGAUGAUAGCCAAAACAAAUGUUAAUGAUUCUAAACAUUCCUCUAAUUCAUCACGAUCUAAUUCACAAUGUCUUCAAUCUCAAUCAAAUCGUUUAACUAUGAUCGAAACAACACCACGAUGUAUAGAUCAUAUUAUUAUACCGAAUAUUUCGGAUACACGAAGAACACAAGUCAAUAAUCAGUGCUUAAUAGAUGAGCCUAUGGAACGUUAUGAUAUCCCAUAUAUACCGCAUGAACAUAUAAAAUUGAAUUCUUCCUCUUGUCGAGAACCAUCGGAGUGUCCAGAUGCCGAAUAUGUUGGCACAGCAUCACUUGAACCGUUAAGCAUGGCUGUUCUAACUUCAAUGACUGAAGAUGGUCUUACAAGUUGUGACGGUGAAGAGCUUACAGAAGAUGACGAUGCUAAUGAUGGCCUUGAUUCGAUGACUGAUAGUAAUGUUCUUUUGCAACAUCAAGAUAUCAUCGAGAAUCUACAACAUUUGAAUGACCAUUCUUCAAAUUGGCUCCUUUCAUCUAGAGGUGGUCAUCUAGUGAAUGGAAACAACAAUAAUAAUAGGGUUAUACAUAAUGUUUCUACCGAUGAUGUUGAUACCAAUUAUAAUGUUGAAAGUCUUGGUCAUCAUGUUCAUCAUCAAAUGACUGAUAGCUUAUUAGCUAAUCCAGAUUUGGAUGCAAGAGACUCGGAAUUGGGUGAAGAUUUUGAUUACGCAACACCGGAACAAAUUGAAUCUAUGCAUUGUCAUCUAAAUCAGAAUAAUUCAUCAUCAAAAUCAAAUCGACAAAUGAGCAUGAAUUAUUUAAUUCCAUCAAAUAAUAACUUAUCAAAUAACCAAAAUUGUGUGAAACAUAAUAACAGCAAUCUAAAUAAAAACAAUAAUAAUAAUAUUGGUAGUAAUAUGAUUCGUAAUAAUGAUAAUCAUAUGCUACUAGAAGCGGCUUUAUUGUCAACAUCCACGACACCCUUAUCACAAUUUGGUGCUCCAGUGGAUAGUAGUUCAAAUGAAACUUAUUCAGUUAAUCAUAAUCAUGAUAAACAACCAAUUAAUAAUUCGUCAUCCAACAUUGAUUUCGAUGAUUUAACCAGUGAGGAACUAUUUGUUUAUCAUGGACGCAUUGGACAAGGAAUUAAUAAUACUUCAGUCAAUACUAAUAAUAAAGAACCAUCUUAUCUAUCCAACAUUCAUCAAUCCAAAACACAAUUUACUCAGAAUGAUGAAUUGAACAAUAAUUCACAUCAUUCUCAAUGGAAUAAUUCUAGUGAACCAAGCAAUUCAACAAAAAAUAUUUCACGACCAUCUUUACCAGAGAUAGCACCAGUUAGCUUACCGGAUUUUUCAUCACAUCCUCACCCUAUACAAAUGGCAUUAAAUAGAAUGCCAUGGUAUUCAUCAUCACCAUCUGGUAGUAGAGAUCAUCAAGUCGUCAGUACUCGUCCAUUUGUUUUACCGUCAACGGUGAUAUCAUCAAUAAUUACAAAUAAAAAACAGCAUCAAUUAAUAGAUCGAAUGGAUUUAAGCUCAGAUUAUGAUAAUCUUUAUCCAAAUUCGUUUCAAUCACCGAACAACAAAUAUUAUCCAGAAUGUAAUCUUCAAGUUUCGAAUAGGUUUAAUAAUAAUAAGCAUAGUAGUACUUUACAAAGAUCUACAACAACUGAAAUAACUGCCACUGGCAGCAAUAAUAAUGGUACUGCAGCUGUGGUAGGUCGUCCAGCUUUAAGAAAAUUGGCUAAAGUUAAUCGAUCUCGUACAAAUUGGCCACUGAUUACACCUGGAGAGGAAAGUGAUACGAUGAGCGGAUAUAUUGGGGAUGCUGCCUCAUCAGUUUACGAUACAGAUGAUGAUGAUGACGACGACGAGGGUGACAACGAUGAUGAUGAUGACGGUGGUAGAAAAAAGAAAAAUACAAAGGAAAUAACUAGUCUAAAGGCUGGUAUUCCGCUUGAAACCAAUCGUAAUAAUAAAGAUUCUUCAAUAAUAAAUACACCAGUUUCAAUGGAUCAAAAUUUUCGUUUAACCUCAACCACUAAUAUUACUCGACAAUGUCAACAACCUGUGAAAAAUAAUUAUACUAAUUUAUUUCAAAUUGAUGAUCGUAAUUGUCUACAUUCGGUGAAUAAUAAUGAACAUGCUUCAAGUUCAACUCAUUAUAGUACAACUGAUGUUGUUUCACCUUCAUAUUCGUCGAAUGUAAUCAACAGUCACGCUAGCGUUGCUACAGAGAAUUUUCAUCAUAAUAACAAUAAUAUGUUGUCUGUAGUUCAUAGGAAGAAUAAUAAAAGUAAUAAUAAUGAAUCAAUUACUGAUAAGAACCAAGUAAAUUUAUCUGAGAAUCAAUCUAAUACUACUACUGACAGCAAAAAUCAUGACCAUUUGAAUUGUACUAUUAUCAUGGAACAAGAUUUUAAUCAACAUCAACAAUCUGCUGUCGCAAACCUACAUCGAACUAUUAGUAUUGCUGACAGUCAUACAAGCGGUGGCCGUUCCGAAUAUGAUAAUGUGGACAAGUCAGGCUUUCAAACUGAAAACAAUUCUUUAUUACGUACAUUUAAUGAUUAUCAUAAUCAAUUGGAAUUAACAAAUUAUACAUUAAACUAUAGUGUUACGACUAAUGAACACUUAAUAUCAUCGUCAUCACCACCAAUAUCUAACUUAUCAACAACAGUAAUUGAGAAAAUGAAUUCAUCUUUGUUAUACACACAAUCAAUGAAAUCAUUGUCCCAUAAAAUUAAUGACACCAACAAUGAUAAUAGUAGACAAAAUAAUAAUAAUACAAAAUCAUCACGAAUUCCACUGUCAUUUACUCAACAAAAACCACUACCAAAUCACAGUUUGUUUGAUGCACAAAUUGCAGCUGAAGCUAGACAAAUUAGUAGACAAUUACGUGUUAUGGGUUGGAUUCCUGUCGAUGGUGAACAAUUCACAACAAAUGCUAAUACAAGUGAAAAUUCUGAUGGAGAUCAUAUUAAUUGUGAAGCAGAUUUAUUGCCAACUUCUGGUUUACAUCGAACUCAUUUAUUUUUAUUACCGGGGAGCUCUCAAAUUAAUCGAGCAUGUUCACGCCAACCAUCUUUACGAACUUGUAGACUACGAUAUACUGGUACUGGUGCCUUUGGAAGUGGUAUUGGCAGUGAAACGGUGACUACAGUCACUUCACAACUGGAUGAAGAUGAUGAUGAUGAACGAGCAUUUGAUAUGAACAAUGGGGAAUAUGAUAUUGACUUGUUUCAUGAGAAUGAUAUAAAUAAUAACAUCAAUGAUGAAAGUCAAUUUUCCACUAAAUCAGGAUUUCAUGGAGAUGAGUACAUUGUAAAUGGUGAAGUCCCUUGGCAAUAUGAUGUUGAAAAAUGGACCUAUCAAAACUUUAAUCAUCCACAACUUGGUUGUUUACUUGUUCGACCACGAUCUCUUAGUGCAACAUGUUUGAAUAUAAUAUCAUCAUCAAUCAAUAAUUCAAGUUUUGAUGCUCCCCAUAACGACAAUGGGGAUGAUGAAGAAGUGAAGGAACAGAAUAAACGUUGGAAACUUGAUAAUGCUAAUGAUGAUGAACAUAAAUUAGGAUGUAAUUCAAUGAAAAUCUCCAAGAUUGAAAAUUCUAUACAAGAAAUAAACGAACAUUCUAGUCCACGUUUAAAACGUUUAAAGAAACGUACUGAACAUGUACGUAAUUUAUUACCAGCUAAUUUGCAUCGAUUUAUUCUACCUGGUUGUAUUAGUUCAUUAAGUCGUUCAUCAUCUAUUGGUACAUCUAGUCAUUAUACAACCAUAUCUGAUAUGUUAUUUUUAUCAUUAUCACGUAGAACAUCAUAUCGUCGACAUCGUUAUCAUCGUCAUCAUCAUCACCAUCAACAUCAAUCUGAUCAACAACAAUAUGAUCACCAUGACCAUGAUUUUGAUGUUAGUGAUAAUGAUAAUCAAUCUAUAUAUCAAAAUGAUCGAAUUAAACAAUUUUAUAAUGAUGUUCAUAAACAAAAAAUGCCUAAUUCAAUUCAAAAUUAUCAAUAUUUAAUGAAAUUUUCAAUAGAUAAUCGUAAAUGGUCUAGUGAUCCAGAAUUACAAUUAACAACUACCUGUCAAACAAUUGAUCAUAUACACUACUAA